UAGGCGUCGUCGGUCAGGAUCCCAUCCUGCUGCUCCCCUGCAACGAACGCCGCCCUGCCGGCUCCACUGGUCCCUGCAGCCGGCGCCGGCGACCUGCAUCCCGGCUAGGCACUCCCCCCGAGCCGAAGCUCAAGGACUUGCCAAGGCUGUAUUGGACUCACAAUAAUCUCACUGUCAUGGAUGUGACGCCCUUGUGGAACCACUCAUCCGAUGCUCUGUUAUAUGCUCACCAUCCUUCUCACAUGGUGGAUUUGAAUAAAACACAGAAUCCAGAUGGUUUUAGCCAUUGUCAUGAGCUAGGCAGGCAGGCCCCUCAUUUCCUCGUCAAUGGGGUCUCAUGGGGGAAUUUGGAUGCCAAGGGUUCAAUUCCGAGGAAGCCUGACUCUUGCAGUGUACAGGGAAAGUCUGGUUGCCACUAUAUCAUUGAUUUAGAGAAACCAGCCACAUUGGAUUGCGGUGUACAGGGAAAGUCUGGUUGCCACUAUAUCAUUGAUUUAGAGAAACCAGCCACAUUGGAUGAUGAGGAUGCAGACUAUGCUAACCACAAUGGCGGUCUUUCAGAUAAUUCACAGUGUGUUCCACUGGAUAGCUCUUCUUUGAUGCGUGGUUGCUUAUGCACAGAUCAAAGCGCCCCUUAUGUUACUUCUGGUUCAGUUGGUUCCAGUGAUACUCCAGACAGUCAUUCACCUGCCAUAACAAAGAAUACAGCAUCUGGACGCAUGUUUAUCGAUCUGAAUGUAGCCCAGGAGGAUGAUUUUAAUUUUUGUCCUGAUCCCUCCAAAUUGGUGUGUUCUACUUCAACUGGUUCUGCUACAAGACAGUCUGGAGGUUUUUGCAACAAUUCGAGCAAAACAUUCCUCAAAGGAAGUGAAUCUAGUAUCGGAUCAUCGAAAGGAUCCUCUGGAACAGUCGCCACGACUAUCACUGUUCCAGAUAGUUCAAGGGAAGUGUUGGCUGCAGGUGUAUUUCGUGAUUUCCAGAGCCACAAGCCUUUCUUUAUGGAAACAUCAACUCCACUUCCCAGAAAAAAUACCCGUCAUCUGAUGAUUUCCAGAUUGGAGUCUCAGGGUUGUAUGGAAAUGGAAGUACCACGGAAAGAAUUUUCAGUUCGUUCCAGCGGUGAAAAUAAUUCUUAUUCAGGUUUAACUAAACUGGGAGGCGGCCAAGUCACAAAUUUAAUGGGACAAGUACAAGCAGCUGUUGUUGUACAUAGGGAUAACCAAGAGGAAACUAUAACAGUAAUAUCUGAUCACAAAGUGGAAGGCUUUGACCUAAAUGUAGCAGUUGAGAGCACUGAUUUUCCAGCAAAUUUUGAAAGCAGUUAUUUAAGGCAACAUGUAAAUAAUGAUGGCAGACAUUGUUUGGCUCAGAAUGAGGCUCAGCAAAAUAUUGCUCCCAUUGAAUGUCCAGUUGUUAGAAACCAGAACAUGGCUGUUAAGAGCACGGAUGGUGAGGAUGUACAGAGUCCAGUUUCUGGAAUUGCAAUUAACAGGUCUGUUGUGAUCCCGGAAACUCCUCAAGGUCGCGACUAUGCAUGUCCACGAUCGAGAUCGUCAUGUAAUGCAGCAUCAGUUGCGCCUGAAGCUGUCAGCUUUGAUGAAACGGAGAUGGGAGAGUUCGAAAAAAGUGCUGCUACAGCAGCUGAGACACUUGUUUCCAUGUUUGCGAGCAACUCUGCAUGGUUGACAGAUGGCCCUGGAAGCAAUGGUGAAACAUACGCUGAGGAUGCAACACAGGAACCUGCACCUUCAUUGAAUUCUUUUGAGGAAAGCAUACUGAGCCUAGGAGGAGAUGAAAGAUGA